AAACUCGCUUUAAAUAAGUUGAGGGAGUAGCUGCAGUAGCUAGCUCAUUUCGGAUCUAAAAAGGAUCGCUCAACGAGGAAAGUUCUAUUAGACCCACUACACGAGAAAAUCUAGACCUCCAAGACUGUCAGAAUAAUGUGUGGAAUUUUCGGGUAUCUGAACUACCGCGUGCCAAGGACAAGGCGGGAGAUAUUUGAGACACUGGUGAAGGGCCUUCAGCGGCUUGAGUACAGGGGAUACGAUUCUGCAGGCGUUGCAGUAGACACCCCGGUUAAAGACUCAAAGGAUGACGGCAACAUCUGCCUGAUCAAGAAGAAGGGAAAAGUAAAGGCCCUGGAUGAGGAGAUCCACAAGAAAGACUCCUUGAGUCUGGACACUGAGCUGGACACUCACUUUGGCAUCGCCCACACCCGCUGGGCCACACACGGGGAGCCCAGCGCCGUCAACUCCCACCCGCACCGCUCCGACAAGAACAACGAAUUUGUUGUGAUCCACAAUGGGAUUAUUACCAAUUACAAAGAACUUCGGAAGUAUCUGAAUUCCAAAGGGUACGAGUUUGAGUCAGAGACAGACACCGAAGUUAUCCCGAAGCUGAUCAAGUACGUCUACGACAACCGGGAGAACGAUUACGUCUCUUUCUCCACCCUGGUGGAGAGAGUCAUUCAGCAGCUGGAAGGAGCUUUCGCUCUCGUUUUCAAAAGCAUCCACUACCAGGGUGAAGCCGUGGCCACCAGAAGAGGGAGUCCUCUGCUGAUUGGUGUAAGAAGCAAGUAUGAGCUGUCCACAGAACAAAUCCCCAUCCAGUACAAUAAUGGUCACCACAACGAUGGCGUCCAGGAGAAAAACUUCCGGAACAGGGUGGACAGCACCGGGGCCCUGCACUCUGUCAGCGCGGGCAAGGCGGUGGAGUACUACUUCGCCUCAGACGCCAGCGCCAUCAUCGAGCACACCAACAAGGUGAUCUACCUGGAGGACGACGACAUCGCGGCCGUGGCCGAGGGCAAGCUGUCGGUCCACCGGGCGAGCCGCAGUGCCGGAGAGGACCCCGUCCGCGCCAUACAGACCCUGCAGAUGGAGCUGCAGGAGAUCAUGAAAGGGAACUUCAAGGCUUUCAUGCAGAAGGAGAUCUUCGAGCAGCCAGAAUCCGUCUACAACACCAUGAGAGGCCGGAUCUGCUUCGACACCAACACAGUGGUUCUGGGUGGGCUGAAGGACCAUCUGAAGGAGAUCAAACGCUGCCGGCGCCUCAUCGUGAUUGGCUGUGGGACGAGCUUUCACGCGGCUGUGGCGACCAGGCAAAUCCUGGAGGAGCUGACAGAGCUGCCGGUUAUGGUGGAGCUGGCCAGCGACUUCCUGGAUCGCAUCACCCCAGUCUUCAGGGAUGACGUCUGUUUCUUCAUCAGCCAAUCAGGCGAAACUGCGGACACGCUGAUGGCACUGCGGUACUGUAAGGACCGAGGGGCGCUGACCGUGGGCGUGACCAACACCGUGGGCAGCUCCAUCUCCCGGGAGACAGACUGCGGGGUCCACAUCAACGCUGGGCCCGAGAUUGGCGUGGCCAGCACCAAGGCAUACACCAGUCAGUUUGUGGCCCUCAUCAUGUUUGGGCUGAUGAUGAGUGAGGACAGGAUCUCCCUGCAGAAGAGGAGACUGGAGAUCAUCAACGGCCUCCGGACCCUACCAGACAUGAUCAAGAAGGUGCUGUCGCUGGAUAAUACUAUCAAGAGCAUUGCAGACGAGCUCUACCAGCAGAGGUCUCUACUGGUCAUGGGCCGUGGCUACAAUUACGCCACCUGCCUAGAGGGGGCGCUGAAAAUAAAGGAGAUCACCUACAUGCACUCGGAGGGGAUCUUGGCGGGGGAGCUGAAGCACGGUCCCCUGGCUCUGAUCGAUAAGCACAUGCCCGUCAUCAUGGUCCUCAUGCGGGACGCCUGCUACACCAAGUGCCAGAACGCCCUGCAGCAGGUCACCGCCAGACAGGGCCGGCCCAUAAUCGUGUGUUGCGAGGACGACGCGGAAGCCCUGAAGAACGCCUAUAAGACCAUAGAGCUGCCGCAGACAGUGGACUGCCUGCAGGGCAUCCUGAGCGUGAUCCCUCUUCAGCUCCUGUCCUUCCACCUGGCCGUGCUGCGGGGAUACGACGUGGACUGCCCCAGAAACCUUGCUAAAUCUGUGACUGUGGAGUAACUUCCGGAAGGAACACUGCAAGCUGUUGAAGCUGGUGAAAGGGAGAUACCAAGAGGCCUUUAUAUUUUAGUGCAAUCAUGUGUGUUGUGUGUGUGUGUGUAUGAGAGAG